CUCUCUUUUACGGCCCAUGGCGACGAGUGAUGCCACCUCAAGCCCGGCCGGGCGGCUCGGCGUGCAGAGCAUCGAGCAACCGCAGUCCCUCGCUGCGUCGUGCUUCGGGCAUUCGUCGGUCCCCUUCUCGGCCGGUGCCAUGCAGGCCGGGGUGGGGGGCCGGGUGUCGAGGCCCCCACGGCGGCGGACGAGAGUCUCCAGGAGAGCUCCCGUCAUUUUGCUCAACACCGACGCCGCCAACUUCCGGGCGAUGGUCCAACACUUCACCGGGCUAUCGUCCGAGCCGUAUUCUCCGGCCAAUCAGCCCGGCGGCCGGUCAGCAAUCAAGUUGGGUCUCAGCUUCCAUGAUGCCGUCCUCGAGACGAUGACGGCGUACUCGGAGAAACGCUUCCAACCCCAGUGGCAACAACAGCGAUAUCCUGAGGCAAUGUUUAGCCUUCACAGUAACAGAAACAGCGGUAGCGAUGCGCUUCCUCAAGCGCUUAGGCACUCCGCCAUGAAUAGGGAGAUGGCUGAUGGCCUCUUGUUUGCCGGCAUAUCAAGCCAGAUGACGAUAAGGCCAACCUCCCUUAACACCAGGGUUGAUGGUUACUUCUCAUGAGAAGAAAGCAAAUGGAUCGAGAAAGACAAGGUCAACUUAUAUGCUUUGCUACUUGAGGAAACGACGCGAGAGAGAGAGAGAGAGAGAGGAAUUCUCAAUAUCAAUAAAACUAUCACUUGACCUACUACUAUCCGAUCUAAAUAUUGUCCUUAUUAUUUAACCUCAAAUCGUGCAGGCAAACAAUAUUUCUGAAA